AGCCGUACUCCUCUUGGCCUAUGAAGUGAAGGUGUGGGCGGGAUCGGCAGCGCGGGCGGUUGAGGAGGAGCGGUAGCUAAGGCAAUUGAGUCGGGUUUGGUGUCAAAAAGAAAAAUAAAAAGCGUAUUUUGGAAACUAAUUAAAAUUGCUGUAAAAAUCAAAUGAAGUAUUCUUUUAUAAACGAGAGUGUGGAAUGAAUGCGGUGAGACAUUGAGCACACCGUUCAGUAUCAUUAUUAAAAUGAUCUUCGUAAUAAAACAAGAACCGUCUCGAAAUACAGUUUGUGUUUAAGUUUCGAAGAAGAGCUUCAUCGGAGUCCCUGAACUGCACGUCUGACAUAUAAUAAGGUACCGUAUCAUGGAAAGUCUGUCCGUGUCUGCGUGUCUGUCUGUCUGUCCCUGAACUGCACGUCUGACAUAUAAUAAGGUGUUUAUCGACCCCGAGAGAUUGGGGAUGCCGGUGCUGUUUGCUGUGGCUCUGGUGUGAAGAGACAGCCAUGACUAGCAGCAGCAGCAUCACUCAGCUGGUCAGCGAGCUGUGUGAGUCUCAACUGGCUGGCCUGUCCUGGAAGGGGGUGCUGGGAGGUGCUGGCCGAGUCUCCAGGGAGGCGCUCAGGAGAAAGCUGAUGCGGAGAGCCUAUGGAGCCCUCCUGCCCCGGCUCUUCCAGGACCCUCUGGUGACCAAACCCAACGCCCCCCUCCCCUCCCGUGAGGGCGCGCCUCCCCUGAUCCCUGCCAGGAACAAGGUGCUGAUGCUGUCCUUCAACCUGCGUGUGUCAGGCCGUGGAGGGGAGGCUGAGCGGCUGGAGGAGCUGCUGGGGGGACUGCUGGGGGGCUCGGAGAUGGACGCUGUGCUCGACCUGCUGGUGCACCUGGCCGGCUCCGUGCCCCCCCCACCCCCCAGCCACAGCAGAGACUUCUUCUGCCGCAGCCGCAAGGUGGGCCGGCGCCUGGAGCUGGGGGGCUACGAGGGGCCCGAGCUGAGGCUGCUGGAGGCCCAGGCCUGGUCCUUGGUGUGCGGGGAGGAGUGCAGGGCUGCCGAGAGCCGGCACAGGACCCUGGCUGCCAUGGAGGCCUCCCCCGGGACUGGCCUGAUCGCUCUGGGGCCGCUGGGCAGGGGCGAGGGUGAGGGCGAGGAGCGGUAUGAGCGGGAGACACGCCUCUCGCUGUUCGGGGCCCUGGUGCACACCCGCACUGCGGACAUGGACAUCCGGCUGGACCUGCCCCCAGUACCCAGCAACGCGGAGCUCACCGGGCUGGCCAUCCGGGUUCCUCCUAGUCUAGACCAGUCUGAAGACGAGGGGUUCCAGUCAGCUUCGAACCUGAGCCCCGACUCCCAGUCAGAGCCCAGUCUGACCCCUGAUAUUGACGUGUGGAAUGCUGUGCUCAGCUACGAGCCCAGCCAGAGGCGGUGCUGGGAGAGAGUGGGCUGCCCCCCCGGGAAGAAGGAGGAGCCCUACCUGACAGAGGCCGGGCGGGAGGCUUUCGACCGGCUGUACCAGGUUCGAGAGGGAGAGAUCCGGCUCCUGAGCACCACCCUCCCUCAGACACCCCCCCUGCAGGGGCCUCACAGCGAGGCUGAGCUCGUCAAGAAAACCCUGCACGUGCUCAUCGGAGUGGCCUCGGACACCUUCUCACUGGACCAGUCUGCAUUAGAGUUCCAUGUGAUGCCAGGGGUGUAUGUGUCCGGUACCUCCCCGGACAGUGUUGCCAGCCUGCUGGAGGAGCUGGCAGAGUACGGGACCCACUACUGGAGACUGAGCCGCUUCUCCCUGCAGCCUGUCCUGGACUCCAGCUACAAAAAGGGGCUGGUCUUCCAGGCGUUUACCGGUGGAGUGCGGCGAUACCUCCAUUACUACCGCGCCUGUGUCCUCUCCACUCCCCCCACGCUCAGCCUCCUGACCAUCGUGUUCCUCUUCAGGAAGCUGGGACGCCAGCUCCGGUACCUCUCGGAGCUGUGCUGGUGUGGGGGUGGAACUGGAGCCCAGGGCCUGAACAGAGGGGCUGCAGCCUCCUUCCCCAUGGGAGUGAAGCUGUUGUCUUACCUGUAUAACGAGGCCCAGAAUAACUGCAGUAACGAGAACUACCCGGUCCUGCUGUCCCUGCUCAAGAGCAGCUGUGAGCCCUACACAAGGUUUAUCUACGACUGGGUUUACAGCGGCGUGUUCAGGGAUGUCUACGGAGAGUUCAUGAUCCAGGUGAACGAAGACUACCUGAGCUUCAGAGAUAAACACUUCUGGACGCAGGGCUACUUGCUGAUCUCGAAGGACGUGGAGGACUGUGUUCCUGUGUUCCUGCGACACAUUGCGAACGAGAUCUACGUCAGUGGAAAGACCAUCAACCUCCUCCGAGUCUGCUGCCCCAGGCACUAUAUCUGCUGGUCAGAGCUUCCGGUGCCGCGCAUCGCUGUCACCUUCUCUCUGCAGGAGCUGGAGGAGAUCGAGAGGGACUGCGGAGUGUACAGGGGCCGCAUGGAGAGGAUCGCCCGCUACAGUGCCAUCAAGAGGGAGGAGAAGGCUCUCCGCACAGAGCUAGCCAGGCAGGAUCUCAUCGUGCAGGUUCGGGAGACGACUGCCAAGGCGCUGGAGACCGUUCGAGGGCGCCAGGUGUCUCAGCGGCUGGCCCAGGAAGCCAAGAAACGGGAGCGAUUCCAGGAGCUGAAGCAACAGCUGGAGGUGGAGCAGGAGCGACGCUCUGCAGCUCGGCAGCAGGAGGCGGACAGCGAUUUCGGGUUCACCCGUGAGCUCCGGGACCGAGAGAGGAGGCUGCAGGCGUUGGAAGAGCAGCUGGAGAGCCAGGCCAGGAGAGAGCUGAUUGAACACUACAGCCGGCUGUCGGAGGAGGCGGCUGCGCGGGAGCGGAGAGCGCUGUGGAAGGUUCAGAGGCACCGGCUGGAGACUGAGCGCAACAGCUUCCUGCAGCGGCAGCAGAGUCACAUCCAGGCCAUGCUGGAGAAAUUCCCUCUGGGAGAGCGCAGGGAGCAGCUGGAUAUCAUUCCCAAGGAAGAUUCACAGAGGAGACUCCCGGCAGGCGGAAGGGGAGACUCUGGGGAGCAGGGAGCCCAGGAGAUCCUGAAGCCCCAGUCCUCUGAUCCCAGUAUUCCCAGAGAGCACCCUCCUGCGCUGGAGGCUGAGCCCCAGGAAUCGGAGAAGCCAACCCCAGACAGUGUACAGCAGGCUCCAGGGGACCCCCUUGCUCACCCCACUGGGCCCCCCAAACUGGGGGAACAGGAGCCCCAAGCCAGACUCGAGUCCCCGGGUCCACUGGACAUUCACGACUUUCUGCCCAAAGAAACUCCUGAUCUCCCUGCUGGCACCUGUCCGGUGGUGUCCGCUGUGGACGCAGCUCUGCUGGACAUCGGCUCUGAGCUGCCUGAAGGGGCUUCCGGUCUGCAGCAGGAGUAUGACUUCAGCGCCCCGUACAGCCCCCUGCAGGGAGCCAGGCUCAGGCCACGCUGGAACACUCACCAACACACAUCUCAAGCCAACAUCCAGCUGGGGCAGUACGCGUCUGACAUGGAGCCGUCUACACCCAGGGCGAGCGUUCACGGGCAUGUGUCGGAGGCCAACAUCAAGGUCGGGCAGAAUGUAUCCGAGGUGCAGGUGGCUAAACCAGUGGUAAAUGUUCAUGGGCAUUCGUCUGAGUCCAACAUCCAGCUGGGGCAGUACGCGUCUGAUGUGGAGCCGUCUAAACCCAGGGCGAGCGUUCACGGGCAUGUGUCGGAGGCCACCAUCCAGCUAGGGGAUGAGUCUAAACCCACAGUCCACAGUGAAACUCUUCAAGCAAUCACAGAGGUUAGUGAGGGUGACCCUGAUCCAGGGAUCUCCGAGCAGGUCCUAGAACUGCAUGAUCAAGCACCUGGUGUCCAGCUAGGGGAGUAUGCGCAUGUUGCAGAGCUUCCUGGAUCAACGGCCAGUGUUCCUGGACAGGCAUCUGAAGAAAAUCUAAACAUCAUGGAGAAGGCAUCUGAGAAGGAACUCAUCCUACCACAUGUGCACAUCCAAGGCCAUGCAUCGGAGGAACAUAUUAAACUUGGUGGGUACAUGUCAGACACAGAGCCGUCCAAACCCAGGGUUGACAUUCAUGGACAUGCGUCUGAAGGCAGCAUCAAAGUAGGAGAGGACGUCUUGGACGUUGAUCAAGUUCAACCUCAUUUGAGUAUCCAUGGGCACGCGUCAGACUCCAGUAUCAAAGUGGGAGGUUACGUGUCAGACAGCAAGCAGACAAGCUCUCACUGCAGUGUGCACGGGCACGCGUCAGACUCCAGCAUCAAAGUGGGAGGUUACAUGUCAGACAGCGAGCAGACAAGCUCUCACUGCAGUGUGCACGGGCACGCGUCAGACUCCAGCAUCAAAGUGGGAGGUUACGUGUCAGACAGCGAGCAGACAAGCUCUCACUGCAGUGUCCACGGGCACGCGUCGGACUCCAGCAUCAAAGUGGGAGGUUACAUGUCAGACAGCGAGCAGACAAGCCCUCACUGCAGUGUGCACGGGCACGCGUCAGACUCCAGCAUCAAAGUGGGAGGUUACAUGUCAGACAGCGAGCAGACAAGCUCUCACUGCAGUGUGCACGGGCACGCGUCAGACUCCAGCAUCAAAGUGGGAGGUUACGUGUCAGACAGCGAGCAGACAAGCUCUCACUGCAGUGUGCACGGGCACGCGUCAGACUCCAGCAUCAAAGUGGGAGGUUACAUGUCAGACAGCGAGCAGACAAGCUCUCACUGCAGUGUGCACGGGCACGCGUCAGACUCCAGCAUCAAAGUUGGAGGUUACGUGUCAGACAGCAAGCAGACAAGCCCUCACUGCAGUGUGCACGGGCACGCGUCGGACUCCAGCAUCAAAGUAGGGGAGUACACAGCUGACGAGGAGCCCUCCAGACCCAGGUGGAGCUCGCACGGGCACGCUUCCCAGUCCCACUUCAGACUGGGAAAGCUGCUCUCAAAUGUGGAGCCUUUUAAACCUUGCAGCAGUGAUGCCCUAUCCAGCAUUCCAGAAGAGAACACAGAGCCUGGAACAGGACCAGGUGCUGAGAAUGAGACCUCAGAAUGGGCGCAGAGAGGAGAGCAGGGCGCCCUGGCACAGAGUGAAGAGGCUGCUGUGCUUCAGAGAGGCCUGACAGCAGAGCAGAUGGAGGCCAGUGUGGAGAGCCUGCUUUGCCAGGGCCCCCCGUGGGGAGAGGGGGAGGGUUGGGGGCCCGAGUGGCCAAGGGAGCAGGCGUACCUGCACUCCCUGGCAGCACAGUACCAGGUGGAGCAGUACCAGGACAGCUACAACCUAAUGACUGCAGCGCCCGACUCCCACCUCCUGCACCAGGUGACGGCCGGCCCCUACGCGUUCCCCGUGGACCCGUCUCUGCGUAGAGCCACGGACACCACGGCCGUGCAGCUGAGUGAGAUGGUGUCCCUGCCCGUGCUGAUGAAGCACUCUGUCACCGCGCCCCUCCUCACACACGUGUUCCUGGUGAACAAGGCCAUCGUGGAUUAUUACUUCAUGGAGCUGAACGUGGAGAGGCACUGUGAGGCGCUGCGCCACUUCCUGCUGAUGGAGGAUGGAGAGUUUGCCCAGUCUCUCAGCGACCUGCUCUUUGAGAAGCUGGGCUCGGGACAGACCCCUGGAGAGCUGCUGAACCCGCUCGUGCUGAACUCCAUCCUGAACAAGUCCCUGCAGUACAGCCUGCACGGGGACUCGCAGCUCGCAGCCAACCUGACCUUCGCACUGCGCUUCCUGCCAGAGAGCUUCCACCCACACGCCCCUGACGCACUCGCCUGCCUGGAGCUGAGAUACAAGGUGGACUGGCCCCUGAACAUCGUGAUCACUGACAGCUGCAUGAACAAGUACAACCGCAUCUUCUCCUUCCUGCUGCAGCUCAAGCACAUGGUCUGGACCCUCCGCGACGUCUGGUUCCACCUCAAGAGGGCAGCCCUGGUGAAGGGAGCUGGCAGCUCUGUGCAAUUCAGACAGCUGCAGCUCUAUCGUCAUGAGAUGCAGCACUUUGUGAAGGUGAUCCAGGGCUACAUCGCCAACCAGAUCCUGCACGUCACCUGGAGCGAGUUCAGAACCAAGCUGGGCAGCGCAGCCAACCUGGACGACAUCCACCGCACUCACGCAGACUAUCUCAACAGGGCCAUCUUCAGAGGUCUCCUGACGGAGAAGGCAGCCCCGGUGAUGAACAUCAUCCACAGCAUUUUCAGUCUGAUCCUCAAGUUCCGUGCUCAGCUCAUCUCCCAGCCCUGGAGCAGCCAGCAGGGGGCAGCGGAGCACCCCAGCUUCGGAGUAAUGCAGCAGUCCUACCGCACCUUCAAAUACUACUCACACUUCCUCUUCAAAGUGGUGACCAAGCUGGUGAACAGAGGCUACCAGCCACACCUGGAGGACUUCCUUCUGCGAAUCAACUUCAACAGCUACUACCAGGACUCCUGAGGGGAGAGGAGCGUUCAGCAUAGAACAGCUGAAUACAUUUCAUGGUUCUGCAACUUUCACAAAGACUAUUUACUUAUAUUUCGAUUAAUGAUCACUGCUAUACAGGGUUUGGUAGGCACUCUCUAAACCACUGUGUAUCAUUUGAACAGCGCAGUGACCUCGCGCAAUCGUGCUGGGAUGCUAAAAGUAUUGAAUAGGCUUGAACUGCUUGAGCACACCCUCAAUCUCGCGUUCUUGCUCUCUCUCUCUCUUUAUAUGUAUAUAUGUAUGUAUAUAUAUAUAUAUAUAUAUAUAUAUAUAUAUAUAUAUAUAUAUAUAUAUAUAUAUAUAUAUAUAUAACCAGCUGCUGUGUACAUAACCCUGACAUGCCCGAUCCCCGAGGUACAGUGUGCUGCAUGCUCCUAUCUUUCCCUGUGUGUAAACGACAGAUUGUACAAUAAAUUUGGCACUAAGAACUGGAA